UAUCUUGAAGGAUACCGGAAGCUGGUGUGCCGCACGCAAACUUAACGUGACGACAUUCCAUGUUUUCAGGAAAAAAGAAGCCGAGAGGCAGAUGCAGUCUUUUCUAGGUCCUCUUCUGCUCGGGUCUGCGUGCACGCGCAGUUGACGGUGGUUUGACGGGUGGAUGUUUGGAAGCUGCAGGUCUCCCGGUGCCGCCCCCCCACAGAAGCCGCGUUAGCCUAAGACGGUCGGAUCCAGAGUGAGCCCCGUCAAGUUGGGUGAGAUGGAGACGUAAAGACCUGUCCAGUUCAAAGUGGCGAUGGAGGAAACGGAAGCGCUCGCCCUGAGGUCAGCAGCUGAGCAUGGGACACAGAACAUGACUGGACCCUCCCUCUGAAGAGUGAGCAUGCUCGCUGUGGGCCUGCGGCGUAGAAACCACUGGGUCAAUGACAUCGGAUUGUGUUGGACUGAGUGAGCAGGAAACCAGUGAUGUAAAAGAACAGGUCCUGACAGUCGACCCACUGCUGUGGUUCUGUCCACAUGUGAAGCUGGGGAGAGAAGCAGAUGAUUUCAGACUUGGUGAGAACGCUGCAGAUGAUGCAAGGCUGACUUCUAUUGCUUUAUGUAACCCCCCCACAAGACCACAGGCACUUAUUAGCAGAUUUUUGAGUCAGGGACAGCAACUGCUCUAGGUGAGGACCAUGCCUCGGAACCAAGCUUUUGCGGAACCAGAGUACUCUGCAGAGUACUCUGCGGACUACUCCGUGACCCUGCCCUCUGACCCGGGGCAGGCUGUGGGGCGAACACAUGAGGUAACCGUGCGAAGCUCAGGAUGCUGCCUCUGCCUUCCUCGCUUCAUGCGCCUAACCUUUGCGCCAGAGUCCCUGGAGAAUUUGUACCAGACCUACUUCAGACGGCAGCGACACGAGACUCUGCUGGUGCUGGUGGUGUUUGCCGCCCUCUUUGACUCCUAUGUCAUCGUCAUGUGUGCAGUGGUCUACACCUCAGACAAGCUGGCCUCUGUCUUGGUGGCGUCGGCUGGACUUGCAGGGGACAUCAUCCUCUAUCUGCUGUGUCGUUUUGGGCUUCUCCCGGACCGCAUCUCCAGACGGGUGGUGCCCUACGCAUUGUGGGUGCUCAUAGCGGCUCAGGUGUUCUGCCACCUGGGUCUGAACUACGCCCACUUCCACCAGGCCAGUGACACGGUGGGCUGGCAGGCCUUCUUUAGCUUCUCAUUCUUCCUGACUCUGCCUCUGAGGCUGACCCCCAUUGUGCUCAUCACCACUGUGUCGUGCGGCGUCCACACCCUGGUCUUGGGGGUCACCAUUGCUCAGCAGCAGCAGGACAACAUCCAGGGAGCAGCUCUUGGAAGACAGCUCCUGGCCAACGCCUUCAUCUAUGUAUGUGCCAUCACCGUGGGUGUCAUGUCCUACUACAUGGCUGACCGGAAGCAUCGAAAAGCUUUUCUCGAGGCCAGACAGUCUCUGGAAGUGAAGCUGAACCUGGAGGAGCAGAGCCAGCAGCAGGAACGUCUACUUCUCUCAAUCCUUCCAAAGCACAUUGCAGAUGAGAUGCUUCAGGACAUGAAGAAGGAGCCGAGUCAAAAGGAGAUGCAGCAGUUUAACACCAUGUACAUGUACAGGCACGAGAAUGUCAGCAUCCUGUUUGCAGACAUUGUUGGCUUCACCCAGUUAUCGUCGUCCUGCAGCGCCCAGGAGUUGGUCAAACUGCUGAAUGAGCUCUUCGCCCGCUUUGACAAGCUAGCUGCAAAAUAUCACCAGCUGAGAAUCAAGAUCUUGGGAGACUGUUACUACUGCAUCUGCGGGCUUCCAGACUACAGGGAGGACCACGCCGCCUGCUCCAUCAUGAUGGGCCUGGCAAUGGUGGAGGCCAUAUCGUAUGUUCGUGAGAAGACCCAGACCGACGUGGACAUGAGGGUCGGGGUGCACAGUGGGACCGUGCUGGGGGGCGUGCUGGGGCAGAAGCGCUGGCAGUAUGAUGUGUGGUCUACAGACGUCACUGUGGCCAACAAGAUGGAGGCUGGGGGCAUUCCAGGCCGUGUUCACAUCUCUCAAACCACCAUGGAGUGUCUUCACGGCGAGUUUGACGUGGAGCCUGGGAACGGCGGCGAGCGCUGCGACUACCUGAGGGAGAGAGGCAUUGACACCUACCUGGUGGUUGUUCCCAAAGGGGCGGUGGGAAAGAAUGGCAUCAGUGGUGUGAAGCUGUCUGUGACGUCUUCUGGAGGAAACUCCCCACAGCUCAUCAACACCACAGAAUGCAACGGCAGCGCAAACACAGCCUGCACCACGCCAGAGGAACCAGAGGAGCUGGACACCAAGGUGGUGAAUCCGUCUUUCCCAAACCCUCGGAGGAGGCUGAGACUGCGGGACCUGGCUGAACGAGUAAUUGAUGCUCAGGAAAAUGAAGCAGAGCUCAACAAACUUCUAAACGAAGCUUUGCUGGAGAGAGAGACGGUCCAGGCGCUGAAGGGGAAGAACACCAACCGGCUGUCGCUGAGGUUUGUGGACCCAGAGCUUGAGACCCGCUACUCUGUGGAGAAGGAGAAGCAGAGCGGAGCUGCCUUCUGCUGCUCCUGUGUGGUUCUGCUCUGCACUACUUUCAUGGAGGCUCUCCUUGACCCAUGGAUGAUCGCCAACUAUGUCACGUUUGCAGUGGGGGAGGUUCUGCUGCUCAUCCUGACCGUCUGCUCACUUGCUGCCAUCUUCCCUCGAGUAUAUCCCAAGAAGCUAGUGACUUUCUCCACCUGGAUUGACCACACCCGCUGGGCUCGAAACACCUGGGCUAUGGCGGCCAUCUUCAUCCUCAGCACGGCUGACACCAUUGACAUGCUGAGCUGUGGACCUCCAGAAUCAGAUCCUCGCAGCACCACGCCGCCUCCCUCCUCCUCUGGACGCUCCAGCCUGGAAGGCUGCUGGAACAAUCCUAAAUACUACAGCUAUGUGGCGGUUCUGGCUCUGAUGGCCACCACCAUGCUGGUUCAGGUCAGCCACAUGGUCAAGCUCACCCUGAUGCUGCUGAUCACAGUGACGACGGGCGCUGUGAACAUCUACAGCUGGAGGAGCAUCUUCGACCGCUACGAUGCCGUCCGCUUUAAGGAGUACAGGUCGGCCCUGGUUCCCUCCAAAGUCAGUGUUACAGUUAUGAUCUUCGUCAUGAUGAUCAGCUUCUAUUAUUUUUCCAGACAUGUGGAGAAGCUAGCUCGCACUCUUUUCCUGUGGAAGAUUGAGGUCCACGAGCAGAAGGAGAAGGUUUACGAAAUGCGGCGCUGGAACGAAGCCCUUGUGACCAACAUGCUGCCGGAGCACGUGGCUCGACACUUCCUGGGCUCCAAGAAGAGGGAUGAGGAGCUGUACAGCCAAUCCUAUGAUGAAAUUGGAGUCAUGUUCGCCUCGAUCCCAAACUUUUCUGACUUCUACACCGAGGAGAGCAUCAACAACGGAGGCAUCGAGUGCUUACGCUUCCUGAACGAGAUCAUCUCAGACUUUGACAGCUUGCUGGAUGAGAUUCAGUUUCGCUGUAUCACAAAGAUCAAGACUAUUGGUAGCACCUACAUGGCAGCAUCAGGAGUGACGCCAGACGUCACCAACGGCUACAACUGUGUGAAGAAGGAGGAGCAGUCUGACAGGGAGCGCUGGCAGCACCUUGCAGACCUGGCAGACUUUGCCCUGGCCAUGAAGGUCACGCUCAUGAACAUCAACUACCAGUCGUUCAAUAACUUCAUGCUGCGCAUAGGUCUGAAUAAGGGAGGAGUGCUGGCAGGGGUGAUCGGCGCACGCAAACCUCACUACGACAUCUGGGGCAACACCGUGAAUGUUGCAAGCCGCAUGGAGUCUACGGGGGUGAUGGGCAACAUCCAGGUGGUGGAGGACUGCUACAACAUCCUGAAGGAAUACGGCUUCCGCUUCGUGAAGAGAGGACCCAUCUUUGUGAAAGGCAAAGGGGAGCUGCUCACCUACUUCCUCAAAGGAAGGGACAAGCAGGGCUCCUUCAUCAACGGCUCCUCAGUCACCCUGCCUCACCAGGUGGUGGACAGCUGAGCUCUGCUCACUGCUGACACCUUACGCCUGAAGGACAUGCUUCAUACACACCUUUGUAGGGCCCAUCUACCAUCCGAUUUGCUGAGGGUUCUGUGGAUGCAAGGAUGUGUGUAGAUUUUGUCAGACUCCACCAGAUGUAAAACAUUCGUGAUGAGAAGAAACCACAAAUAAUGAAAAAGCAUAUACCUGACUGAUGACACAGAGGUCUCUGACAGCAGGCCUCACAUCUUUAGUGAGACAUUCACAGAGACUUCAGCAAGACUUACAGAUCUCAGCAAGACCUCAUAGAAAUCUAACCAGGAUCUUCACAGAGACAUUAGUGAAACCUCUAGUCAUCCCUUUAGACUUUAGCUAAGACAUUCAGUCAGACCUUCCUGUGGAUCUUCAGAAAGAUGUGAAGCCUUUGUUCUAAUGAUGACUCACAGUUUGAAAAGAGCUUUCAGACCCUGAAACCUGGCUAACUGUUCUGAAGUUGGGGUUCUCUUCACCUGGAUGGAGUGAAGACAGACUGCAGGGGGACAGUGUGUCUCUAAUGUGUGGAGAACUGCUUUGAUCGAAGUGUUGAUGCUGUUCCCAUUUAACCUGCUGCAACACAUAACUGUCUUUGUGGAGAACGGAAGGAGAAGACAGGUAUGUUCCGUACGAGCAGAUGUGCCUCGAUCUUCUUAGGCCAUCGUCCCAGCUUUCAACUUUCCUGAUUUCUAUUUGAUAGUUUUAGUUUGGCAGCUGAGAUCUGAGACGUCAGAAACGGCAUGAGAACAACAACCUGCAGCUGCAGUCUGAGGAGGACGCUACAAAGACAAUUACUCACUCUGUUUGUGUCCUAAAGUGGAACAGUGCUCUCCCAUAACCCCCUCAAAGCCAUUAAGGUGUUUAAAAUGGGAGGCCUGGUUCUGCUCAAAAACAGAGGGGAGAACUGAGCUGUUCUCUUGAAGGGGGGUUUUUGGAUGGAGCAUCUGUAAAUGUGAGUUAACUAUUAGAAAACACAGCCUUGGGAUUGGGAACGACAGAGAGCACUUUAAAUCUUUAAAACCCAAACAGUUGCUGACUAAAGCUGUUGGCUGGAACAGAAUAUUCUGAGGCUGGAAUCAUCACGAAGCCGGUCAGUCUGGUUCUGUUCAGGCUUUAACAGGAUUUUUAGUAAGUGGAAUUUGACGUGCACAGCCAUUCCUACAGAUCGUCCCUGUUCUGGUUUUGGAGUUUAAGAUUUUUGACUGAUCCCUCGUUCUUUAUAGUUGAUUGUCAUUACAUUAUUUCAUUAAAAAAGUCCUAACAAAUA